AUGCCAUUUAAAGUGUAAUUCAAUACAAAAGAGUUGUUUAUUAUCUGUUGAACUGAUCUAUCGAUCCAUCGAUUGAUUGUUUGUCUCAUUAAUCGUCUUAGUGUGGAAGCGAUGCCAUUGUUUAAGUUGCAGACAAAUAUACCGGCGGCUAAAAUCCCGGACAACUUCUUGUCCUCGACGGUUGAUUUGGUGGCGAAGACGUUGGGAAAGCCCAAGUCAUACGUUGUCGUCCAUGUAUUGCCGGAUCAGCUCAUGAAUUGGGGUGGUGUUGAGGGUCCGUGUGGUAUGGUUUCGGUCGAGAGUAUCGGACAGAUCGGUCGCGACCUCAAUAAGAGUCACUCGAAGGCCAUUUCAGCCCAUUUGGCCAAAGAGUUGGGAAUCGCUGCCGACAAGUGCUAUAUUAAUUUUGUGGAUCUAAACAAAGCCAAUGUUGGCUACAGUGGCACCACUUUUGAUGACCUCCUCUAACAACACAUCCAUUCAGUGAUCCCUUUUUGGCUUUAAAUUUGUUAAAAUUACUUCAAAUGGCAAUAUAUUUAGUAAUUGUGUUUUAAAAUGCAAUUAUGUUCUCAAC